AUGGCUGAGAAAGAAGCUACGGUGUAUAUCGUCGAUGUCGGCCAGUCGAUGGGGGAGCGCCGUCAGGGACGGUCAGUGACGGAUUUACAAUGGAGUAUGCGCUAUGUUUGGGAUAGGAUUACGGCUACGGUGGCUACGGGGCGGAAGACGGCUAUGGUUGGGGUGGUUGGUCUGAGGACAGACGAGACUGCAAAUGAGCUGCAGGAUGAUGAGCACUUUGAGAAUCUCUUCGUAUUACAGGAAAUCAACCAGAUGCUCAUGCCGGAUAUCAAGAGGCUGCGUGAAGAGAUACAACCUAGCAAUACUGAUAGUGGUGAUGCUAUAUCCGCUCUCAUUUUAGCCAUCCAGAUGAUCAUCGUCCAAUGCAAGAAGCUCAAGUAUAAGAGGAAGAUCGUCCUGGUCACGAAUGGACAAGGUCACAUGAGCACUGAGGGCCUCGAUCAAAUUACCAGCAAGAUCAAGGAAGAUAACAUCGAACUUGUUGUUCUUGGUGUUGACUUCGACGAUCCGGAGUAUGGCUUCAAGGAGGAGGACAAAGACCCAAGAAAGGCAGAAAACGAAGCCCUCCUGCGAGGCCUUGUUGAAGAAUGCGACGGUGCCUACGGAACAUUAGAGCAAGCCAUUUCGGAAAUGGAGAUCCCCCGAGUGAAGCAAACACGAAGUAUGGCAACCUUCAAAGGGUAUCUUCAGCUUGGAGAUCCGGAGAAUUAUAAAAAUGCCAUCAAGAUCCCCGUGGAGAGAUAUUAUCGAACGUACGUUGCGAAGCCUCCGACAGCCAGUUCGUUUGUUCCUCGCUCGGACACCUCAGAAACUCAAGAGGGUCCCGGAUCUGUUCAGUCGUCUGUCACCGUCGGUGCGACCCGAGAUACUCAAUCCGGAGACGGCAGCGAUUUGACCAGUGUGAGAUUCGUGAGAACCUAUCAGAUCAAGGAUGAGAAUGCACCGGGAGGAAAGGUUGAAGUCGAACGGGAUGAGCUUGCCAAAGGCUACGAAUAUGGACGGACCGCCGUACAUAUCGAUGAAACUGACCAGAACAUCACGACACUUGAAGCACCUAUGGCCAUGGAUUUGGUUGGCUUCGUACAGAGUGACAAGUACGACCGUUAUAUGCACAUGUCGACCACCAAUAUCAUCAUCCCCGAACGUACUAACGACGCGGCCGCGCUGGGCCUUUCUUCAUUCAUCCAUGCCCUAUUCGAGUUGGAGUGCUAUGCUGUCGCGCGGUUGGUAGCAAAGGAGAACAAGCCUCCGCUCAUGGUGUUGCUUUGCCCAUCAAUCGAACCGGAUUACGAAUGCCUCUUAGAAGUACAGCUACCGUUUACCGAGGACGUCCGUACAUACCGCUUCCCGCCACUGGACAAGGUCAUCACUGUUUCAGGAAAGGUUGUCACAGAGCACCGGAAUCUUCCCAAUGAUGACUUGCUUAAUGCGAUGAGCAAAUAUGUUGAUAGUAUGGAACUUGUUGAUGAGGAUGAGGAUGGGAAACCUGUCGAAACGUUCCCAAUAGAAGACGCCUUCUCACCAAUCCUGCACAGAAUCGAUUCAGCAAUCCGUUUCCGGGCAACCCAUCCGAACGAGCCCCUACCACCGCCGGCUGACAUUCUGACAAAAUUCUCUCAACCACCAGCGGACGCAGUGCAAAGAGCAAAGAAGUACCUCGAUAGGUUGGCGGAUGCAGCCGAUGUCAAGAAAGUACCACCCAAGGCAAAGGGACGCAAGCGCACCCGCGAAACUGAAAAGCCGCUCUCUGGUCUUGAUGUCGACGCUCUACUGCAUCAAGAGAAGCGCGCUAAGAUCUCACCUACAAAUGCCAUUCCAGAAUUCAAGCAAACGCUGUCGCACGCAGAGAACGUCGACACCAUCAGCGAGGCCGUGAAGCAGAUGACGGCCAUUGUCGAAGAUCAGGUCAGGAACAGUCUUGGCGAUGCCAACUAUGACCGUGUUGUCGAGGGUCUAGGUGUCAUGCGCGAUGAGUUGAUAUCCUACGAAGAGCCGGCUUUGUACAACGAUCUUCUGAAACAUCUUAAGGGAAAGUUAUUGAAGGAGGAGCUUGGUGGCGAUCGACGGGAGCUGUGGUGGCUUAUUCGGAGAAGUAAGAUUGGGUUGAUUGAUCGGAACCAGUCUGAUCGGUCUGAGGUCACGGAGGAUGAGGCUAAGGAGGUGAGCAUCUGA